AUGACCCAACUUGUAGAAACUCAGCUAAUUCUAAUCGAUGGAAUUCCAUAUAAUAAUGAAAUUAAACGGAUUUUCGUCGUUGAUAGGUUUUAUUUUGAAAUCGCACAUCAUAUUGGCCAACUUCGAUACUGGACAAUCAAUGAAGACGUACCUAUACUUUCCCAAGACGUUAUUGAUAUAUUUAUAUUUUAUCAACACUUCGUGUUAGUUUUAGGUACGUCUUCACGCUACCAUCACUUCAUAACCCAAAUAUUCAAGCAGACUUUUGUGAGCAACCAUACCAGAAACCUGGUCAUUAUAUUGAAAUACAUAUUGAAGAAUAAUGAAAUCAAGUGUCUAACCUUUCUCAGAAAACGUGCACCUUCACCACUUCCAAUUACUCUACCUGAAUGUGAAACCCACAUAAAGAUUUAUGCGGACAUCAGACAUAAUCUAAGGGAGCUGGAUAUAAAUUCCGAACAAAUUAGAAAAUUAUGCAAAACAAUCUGUGGUGAAAGGCCAGGAAGACCAGCUUUCUUUUCCUUUCUAAAAAGGGAAAUUGAAAGGAAGAUACUAUGGCAGGAGGCGAUGUACAACCACUCGAGGUUCACAUCUAACCAAAGGUGGAUCGUUUGGAGUUCAUCAAUAGUUGGCCUCUGCUGUAUUCCAGUAAUGUUAAGUGGGGUAAUUGUAGAAAUUAAUAGACCUGAUCAUAUUGCAAUAGCGGUAUCAUUUGUGGCCCUAGCGAUAACUAUUGCUUCAGGUAAGAUAUUCUCGAACCAACCGAGUUUCUCCAGCCGUUAUUUGAAGUGCCGGAGAAUUGCCGCUUUCCUAUACUUUCAAAAUGGGCUAAUAAAACAUGGUAGAAUUAUUAUACUCUUGAAUGAUCUCGAGAAGGAAGCCCUAUAUUAUGAAAAAGAAGGUGAAGGUGAAGGUGAAGUUGUAGCGGAUAACUUGCUCAGGGCCCUGCCAUACUAUCCUAUAAAUAGUAUAGAUAUGCCAUAUUAA